AAUAAAAAUAAAAAAUAAUGAUGGAUAAAAAUAAACAGGGUAAUUUGCGGUUGCAAAAAAUUAUAUCUAAUAUUCUGUUAGAAAAUGUGCAUAAUAAUGGAAUACGUCAAUGAUGGAUUUUAAAUCAGCACUGAUUUUAUUAUCAUCCUCAAUACACUGAUUAUUGUGUUUGAAGAGGUUUGUGUUGACCUAUUUUACGCGGAACUGAUAAAAUUUAGGUUUCCACGAAAAUAUCAAGAAACUAGAUAAUAGAUAAAGAAAGGAUACCUUCAAUCGGUGGUACGAGUGUGAAAAAAUAAAAAUAUCGUAAAUAUGAAGACGAAAUUUUUCUUUUUUACGUCAACACAAAUUAAUAGUGAAGAAAGAUCAUAAUAUAAUAUGUUCCUUUUUCAAUAAUGUGAUUUUUUGUUCAUUCUUAAUCUUAAUUAUAGCUUUUAUUCACACAGUGUUUUCCUGUCUUUACAUUUUGCUUAUUUUUAGUGUCAACUGUUCCAAAAAAGAAGAGAGCAAAAAUGUCCAUGUGGAAAAAAAAUGUUGCAAAAGAAGAGUACGUCGGAUUUCGAAACAUUGUUCAUCCAGCGAAACCUAGAACUUAGGGCAUAUAUUUACAAGGAAUUCAGAAGUCUUGAUUCAUUGGAUGAACAAAGACAUUUUCUAAUAAGACACAUAGAUCAGGGUUCAAAGAACCGAACGACAAGGAAACUUACCAACUCCAGGAGGACAUUCACUAAUCAAUACCAUCUAACUGCUAAUGGCGAAAAAAAACUUGCUUGUCGAGAAUUUUUCAUGAGUACAUUGAAUGUCACAGAUGCAUUGAUAAGAAGCUGUUUGGCGAAAAAAGCUCGGAAGGGUUUAUGUCGCCAGACAAACGUGGAAAGCAUACGCCUCAUAAUAAAAUGCCAUCUCACGAAGAACAAUUCAUACGUGAUCACUGAUCACAUUCUUUCUUUCCCGACUGUUGAAUCACAUUAUUGCAGGAAAAAAAGCAACAAACGUUACUUGGAUGGUAAUCUUAAUGUUUCCAUAAUGUACAGGUUAUACCAAGAAAAAUGCUUUACAGACAAAAUAAAACCUGCUUCUCUUGCGAAGUAUCGAAGCAUAUUUCGAGAGUAUCACUUGGGAUUUUUUAGGCCUAAGAAAGAUGCCUGUAAACAAUGUGAAGCAUUUUCUAAUUUAGAUGAAGCACAAUAUAAAGAGCAAGAACAUUCUCAUAAACUUCAUCUCGAUAGAAAGGAAGAUGCCAGAAAAUGUAGAAACGACGACAAGAUUGCUGCCCAAGAAAAUCCUGAUGUUUUAUCCUUUAAUUUUGAUUUGCAGGCAGUACUCACUACUCCCAAAGGUCCUGCAGAUCAAAUAUUUUACAUGCGGAAAUUGGCUGUAUACAAUUUAACCAUUUAUAACCUCGGUAACCAAGAAGUUAUUUAUAACUUAUGGGAUGAAACACGAGGGAACAGAGGUUCCAACGAAAUAUCCACAUGUAUUUUUGAAUACAUUAUGAGUCAUCCCUCAAUUACCCAGGUUCGCAUGAUGUCAGAUGGAUGCAAAAAAACUCAAUUUUUGCAUCAAUGUGUUUAUAUGCUGUUACCAAACAUCCUACUCUUAAAACAAUAGAUCACAAAUUUUUCGAAAUUGGGCACACCGAAAUGGAGUGUGACUCCAUACAUUCAAAAAUAGAAAAAAAAUCAAAAUUUGUCCCCGUUCAUAUUCCAGAGGGAUGGGCCCAGCUCAUACGAGACUCAAUCCAAGACCAUAUGAGGUGAAACUGUUAUCUUUCAGCAAGUUUAUUGAUUUUAAGAGUUGGUCGCUGACCAAAGGCAAGAUAAAAAUUAGUUGGAGAAGCGUCUGCUUCUAAAUAUUUUAUAAAACUUCUUUUAAAAAGCCUUCACGGUGUGAUGAAAAUGUGAAAAGGAAUAGAGGCCGACAUCAACAAAUGGAAGAUCCAAACAAAGCGUUUAGUGAAUCCCUUCCAAUCAGUGCUUUGAAAUACAAAGAUUUGCAAAAGAUGUGCAAAAGCGGCAUCAUUCCAGCAGUUCACCAUGCAUUCUACAAUGAAUUAAAAGUUAACCAAAACUUAAAAGAUAGGCUUCCUGAACCGAACAUGGAUGAAGAUUCAGAAUAUGAGUAGUUUUUAUAGAUUUUAGGUUUCAUUUACUCUAAUUCUAGGUUUAAAUUUGUUUUUUCUCACUUAUAUAAUAAAUGAAUUAAGCGAA